AUGGAUUUGGACAGAUCUAUCUCGAUCUGUUCAUUAUCUAUCUAUUUAUCUAUAUAUCUAUUUAGGUCUGUUUAUAAUCUAUCCAUCUAUUUCAGUCUGUUCAUAAUUUAUCUAUCUAUUUUGGUCUCUUCUUUAAUCUAUCUAUCAAUGUCUGCCUGUUCAUUAUCUAUCUAUCUAUCUAUCCUCAUAAUCUAUUUAUGUCAGUCUGUUUGUUAUCUAUUUUGGUCUGUUCAUAAUGUAUCUAUCUAUUGCUGUUUGUUCAUUAUCUAUCUAUUUCAAUCUGUUCAAUAUCUAUCUAUCUAUCUAUCUAAGUCUGUUCCUGCCAAUCUAUCUCUCUACAUAAUCUAUCUAUCCUGUUCCUAUCUAUCUAUCUAUCUAUUUUGGUCUGUUCAUAGUCUAUCUAUCUAUUUCACUUUGUCCAUUAUCCUGUGCCUAUCUAUCUAUCUAUCUAUCUAUCUUGGUCUGUUCAUAGUCUAUCUCUCUAUCUAUUUUAGCCUGUUCCUAUCUAUCUAUCUAUCUAUCUUGCCUAUUCCUGUUUAUCUAUCUAUCUAUCUAUCUAUCUAUCUAUCUAUCUAUCUAUCUAUCUAUCUAUCUAGCUAUCUAUCUAUUUUAGUCUGUUCCUAUCUAUCUAUGUCUGUUUGUUAUCUAUUUUGGUUUGUUUAUAAUCUAUCCAUCUAUUUUGUUCCUGUCUAUCUAUCUAUUUUAGUCUGUUCCUAUCUAUCUAUCUAUCUAUCUAUCUAUCUAUCUAUCCAUCCAUGA